AGGUUCAGGCAACGGACAAGGCUCAGGCAACGGACAAGGCUCAGGCAAUGGACAAGGCUCAGGUGCCGGACAAGGCUCAAGUGCCGGACAAGGUGCAGGCGCAGGACAAGGCGCAGGUGCCGGACAAGGUGCAGGCGCAGGACAAGGCGCAGGUGCAGGACAAGGUGCAGGUGCCGGACAAGGUGCAGGCGCAGGACAAGGCGCAGGUGCAGGACAAGGCGCAGGCGCAGGACAAGGCGCAGGUGCAGGACAAGGUGCAGGCGCAGGACAAGGCGCAGGCGCAGGACAAGGCGCAGGCGCAGGACAAGGUGCAGGCGCAGGACAAGGCGCAGGUGCCGGACAAGGUGCAGGCGCAGGACAAGGCGCAGGCGCAGGACAAGGCGCAGGUGCCGGACAAGGCGCAGGUGCAGGACAAGGUGCAGGCGCAGGACAAGGCGCAGGCGCAGGACAAGGCGCAGGUGCCGGACAAGGUGCAGGCGCAGGACAAGGCGCAGGCGCAGGACAAGGCGCAGGCGCAGGACAAGGCGCAGGUGCCGGACAAGGCGCAGGUGCCGGACAAGGCGCAGGUGCCGGACAAGGCGCAGGUGCAGGACAAGGCGCAGGCGCAGGACAAGGCGCAGGUGCCGGACAAGGCGCAGGUGCAGGACAAGGCGCAGGCGCAGGACAAGGUGCAGGCGCAGGACAAGGUGCAGGCGCAGGACAAGGCUCAGGUGCCGGACAAGGCUCAGGUUCCGGACAAGGAGCAGGUUCCGGACAAGGCGCAGGUGCAGGACAAGGCUCAGGGGCCGGACAAGGCUCAGGUUCCGGACAAGGCUCAGGUUCCGGACAAGGCGCAGGUUCCGGACAAGGUGCAGGUUCCGGACAAGGCUCAGGUUCCGGACAAGGCUCAGGUUCCGGACAAGGCUCUGGUUCCGGACAAGGCGCAGGUUCCGGACAAGGUGCAGGUUCUGGACAAGGCUCAGGUUCCGGACAAGGCUCAGGUUCCGGACAAGGCUCAGGUUCCGGACAAGGCUCAGGUUCCGGACAAGGCUCAGGUUCCGGACAAGGCUCAGGUUCCGGACAAGGCUCUCUUUGCCUUAGCUACGAGCAAGGAUACAAAACGGGAUAUCAGCAAGGAUUAAACGCAGGUCAAGGCUAUAACUACAACAACGGUUAUAGGUAUGAGUACGGUGCACCUGGCGUUCCGUACUACUACAAAAAGUAAUUAUCUAAAUUAUGAGGUUCUGUAAAUCUAAAAUUGUUUUC